AUGGGGAAGGAGACAGUGAUCAUAAACGGUACCUCCAGUGGGACCAGCUCUUCAGCCACCACCGCUGGGUCAAGUGGAACCUCCCCUAGGACUGUCAUAUCAACUAAUACUGGAUCUGGAACAGCCUCUAGUGGGACUAGCACUUCAGACCACACCACCAGUUUUAGUGGAACCUCCAGUGGGUCUAGCACGUUAUCGAACACUAACUCAGUUGGAAGCUCCAGUGGGACUAUUACACCUGCCAACUCUGUAUCUGGCACAAUAUCUGGUAGUACCAGCCCUUCAACCAACACUGGAUCAAAUAGAACUUCCAAUGAUCCUGGAACAUCUACUCCAUCUGGAAUUCACACAACUUCCAAUAGAAUUACCACAAGUUCUUCUACUCCCAUUAAUGAGGCAAAGCCUAGUGGAUCCCUGAAGCCAUGGGAAAUCUUCCUCAUCACACUGUUUCCUGUUGUGAUGGUCAUAGGAAUCUUUGCUGGGCUCUUCAUCUUUGUGAGAAAAUCCCUGUGGCUGAGAAAUACCUUCAAUACAACUCUUUACCGCCCCCAUGGUCUAACCUUCAAGACAUUUCGUGACUUAGACCUGCAGGAAGCCUGA